GGCUGCGGCCAGAACUUUUUUACUUUUAAUCUGCAGACACAUGCCCCCGACUUUUCGAAAAUGUUUUUCCUGGCUUCUGGAAUCCGGACUCGAUCGAACGAUCCGAGACGCAGAUCAGUUUAUAUAACGAAGGCAGCACUUGUAGAUCAUGCACCAUCACCUUAUCCUACCAACGUUCAUCUCCCUAUCUCUCUGGCACACAGCUAAAUUUUCUUGCCUAUCCAUCCAUCAUGCACAAAGAAAAGAAGUCCAAGAUCUUGCGUUGGUCUUCUCUCUUCCUCCUGCUGCUGGUUCUCCUGGCGGUUGUCCUUGCCGUAACAUUAAGAAGGAGGGCAACCAAGGGCUCCUCCGAUUCCGACCACCAAGCCACCACUGCCAUCUCCAAAUUCAUCACCUCCGCUUGCCAGCACACCCUCUACCCGUUGACAUGCGAAUCCUCCCUAUUGGGUUCGGCCCUAGCUGAGCCCGAAUCCAGCCAGCUCUUAGACCUGUCCUUCCGAGUCGCCCUCGACAAGGUCGACCAAGUCCACUCCCUAGCCCGCAACCUCAGCCAAGAUGCCCAGGUUUCGGGCCGCUUUCCCUCUUCCUCUGCCUUGGAUGACUGCGUGGAGCUCCUCCAUGACACUACGGAGCAGCUCACCGACUCCGCCAACCGGAAAAAUACUGCCGCCAAGGACGACGUUCGCACGUGGCUCAGUGCCGCACUCACUAACUUGGACACAUGCAUCGACGGCAUCAACGACCUCAAGCUCGAUCCGUCCACCGGAGACAAGAUGAAGCCCACAACCGCCAACCUCUCGCACUACAUUAGCAACUCGCUUGCACUUUACGAGUUCUUCACCCCGGGGCCGGGGCGGAGGCUUAUAGGAGCCGGGGAUGAUUUCCCGACGUGGGUGAACAGGAAGCUCUUGGAAGCUCCGGUUGGACAACUAAAACCAGAUGUGGUGGUUGCCAAGGAUGGGACGGGUGCGUGUGAUACGGUGGGGAAGGCAGUGGCUAUGGCGAAAGGUGGGGAGGCCAGGUUUGUGAUCUACGUGAAAGAGGGGGUGUACAGGGAGAAUGUGGUGGUCAAGAGGUCCCAGACCAACGUCCUUCUGGUCGGGGACGGGAAGGGCAAGACCAUCAUCGUCGGCAGCAGGAGCGUGGGCAGUGGCUUCACUACCUUCAGGUCUGCAACCUUUGCGGUCUCGGGUAGCGGAUUCGUUGCCCGUGACAUCGCCUUCGUCAAUGACGCCGGGCCUGAAAGCGGCCAAGGAGUUGCCCUCCAGGUCAGCUCCGACAAGUCGGCCAUCUUCCGUUGCAGCAUCGUCGGCCAACAGGACAGCCUCUACGCCCACACCAGCCGCCAGUUCUACCGGGAAACCGACAUCCACGGCACCGUCGACUUCAUCUUCGGCAACGCCGUGGCGGUGUUCCAAAACUGCGACAUCCUUCCGAAGAAGCCGCUAUCCGGGCAUAAGGUCACGGUUACCGCGCAAAGCAGGAGCGACCCCAACCAGAACACGGGCUUCACGAUCCAAAACUGCAGGGUCGCCCCUGAUCCAGAUUCCGCUCCGGCGAAGGCAUUUCUCGGGCGGCCUUGGAAGGAGUACUCGAGGGUGGUGGUGAUGCAGUCGCAGCUGGACGGUUUCGUGGACCCGGCGGGGUGGAUGGAGUGGUCAGGCGACUUCGCCCUCAAGACCCUCUUCUACGCCGAGUACAUGAAUUCCGGGGGUGGGGCGGGUACCUCCGGCAGGGUCACGUGGCCGGGAUACCAUGCCAGUUUGACGGAGGCUGAGGCCACUAAGUUCACGGUGGGUGAGUUCCUGGCAGGGACCAGCUGGUUGCCUAACACCGAGGUCGCUUUCUACCCCGGUCUUCUCUGAUCAUCUCCCUCCUCCAUGCUUACCUUGGUACCUCCAUUUUUGAGAGUUGAAGUGGUCGGACAUGUGUCCCUGUUGUUGCUGCUUUUGGGUGGAGUGAAGUAUACAUGUACAGAUGGAGAAGAAAAUUUGUUGGUAUGGUGAUGGCAUGACUCACAGUCGGGACGGAGAGCAUUUGAACGGCUCAAUAAGCUCUCUUCUCUUUUGAUAAUAAUUGUUGUUUGGCUUUGUUACAUGGCUUAAUUCCCCUCAAAUAAUUUCCUUCUGUUUUAAUAAUUAAAAGAACUUUUUAUA